AUGGUGGAGCUGAUAAAUGCCACCGGUGAGGAUUUGGCCCCCACAACCUCCUAUGUCUUCGGUGUACCAGAUGAUCCCCACUGUGAUGCUGUAGAAUGGGUUCAGCCAGAUGAUGAGAUGAAGAUGAAGAACAGUGAUCAAGCAUUGGUUAAGCCAAUCCCUCAUCUGUAUCAAUCAUUUCCAGUCCGUGAGUACGUCGAUCAUGACGACCUUGUGGAAGGGAUCUCUGGCCUUUUUGAAGAGAUCGAUGAAGUCAACGACAUGAUAGGACUGAGUACCAAUGUGGUGUCUCACAAGUUACCGAUUAAUUCGGAGUUUAGUCCAGUGAAACAGAAAGCUCGGAAGUUCAAGCCUAAGUUAAGUUUAAAGAUUCAAGAUGAGAUCACCAAACAAAUCGAGUCACUAUUAGUGAAAAUGACGCAAUACCCGACUUGGUUGUCAAUCGUCGUUUCGGUCGCCAAAAAAUAUGGGAAGAUCAGAAUUUUCGUCGAUUACAGGGAUUUCAACAAAGUCAGGCCAGAGGAUAAUUUUCCAUUGCCAAACAUUCACAUUCUGAUCGAUAAUUAUUCUAAGCAUGAAAUGCAGUCAUUUGUGGAUUGUUACAUAGGCUAUCAUCAAAUCCUCAUGGACGAAGAAGAUGCAAAAAAGACAACUUUUAUAACUCCUUGGGGUGUAUAUCAUUACAAGGUAAUUCCAUUUGGUCUCAAAAAUGUUGGUGCUACUUAUAUGAGAGAUAUGACGACCAUAUUUCAUGAUAUGAUUCAUAAGGAGAUCGAGGUGUAUGUAGAUGGCAUCAUAAUUAAGUCUCGUGAGAGUUCAGACCAUUUGACUCAUUUUAGAAAGUUCUUUGAUCAUCUACGUCGUUACAACUUGAAGCUAAAUCCUGCCAAACGUGUUUUUGGAGUGCCGAACGGCAAGUUGUAUGGACUUAUAGUCAGCAGGAGGGGUAUUGAGCUCGAUCCUUUCAAGAUCAAAGUGUCAGAAUGCUUUCGAUGCUAUCAAGAACUAUCUGUUCAAUCCACCGGUGUUGGUUCCUCCGUGAGAAGGGAGUCGUUGUUGCAAUAUUUGUCUGUUUUAGAUAACGCAGAUGGAUGCGUACUUGAUCAACAUGACGAGACAUGGAAGAAGGAGCGAGAUGGACCCAUUGAAGUAUAUUUUUUCCAGAAGGCGAUCCCGACCAGAAAGUUGGCUAAAUGGAAAAUGCUUUUGAGUGAAUUUGAUAUUGUGUAUGUGACUCAGAAGGCGAUAAAAGCACAAGCCUUGGCUGAUCAUCUUGCGGAAAAUCUUGUCGAUGAAGAGUAUGAACCGCUAAAGACUUAUUUUCCCGAUGAAAAAGUACAAGGAGAAUGGGUUGUGGAAAAACCAAAAAUUAUGCCAUACGUGCAGUACAUACGGAAGUUGUGCAAAAGAUUCCCUAAGAUUGAGUUCAGACAUACUCCCAUAAUACAUAAUGAGUUGGAUGAUGAUCCUGCCACCAUCGCCACAAUGAUUAAACAUCCAGAUGCUGAUUAUAUUGAUCCUAUGGAUAUAAAGAUAAAGGAGAAAGCAGUAUAUUGUUCCUAUGUUGAAGAAGAACCCAACGGUUUGCCAUGGUAUCUUGAUAUUAAAAAAUAUUUAGAGUCCGAAACUUAUCCUGAGAAUGCGACGUCUAACAAGAAGAAAUCAAUAAUCCGUUUGGCCCUCAAUUUCUUUCUGAGUGGAGAAGUCAUUUAUAGGAGGACUCCAGAUUUAAGUCUCCUCAGAUGUAUCGAUGUUGUUGAAGUUGCGAAGCUUAUUGAACAAAUACAUGCUAGAGUUUAUGGUAAGCAUAUGAAUGGGCUCACUUUGGCGAGAAAGAUCCUUCAAGCCGGCUAUUUUUUGGAUGACUAUGAAGCAUGA